CAGCACUACGCAGUUGCGCAGUAGAAGCGCGACUGAAGAAGAACACUCGGAACCAAAACAAGCCCAAAGUUGACAGCUAAGGCGGACUCGGUGAGACGCAAUUCAACACUGUCGAUUUUGGGAUACUUUUUACAUCACUUACACUACAACUUGGAUUAUCUGGGGAGACCUUUAGCCAGUGUCCGGGGUAUGAAAUCGUCGCGUUAGUAGCCCCGUUUGUGUCUCCCGUCGUUAGCAGGUUAGCUUCCCCGGACUACAGAAAGUUGCUCGAUGACGACUAAUGGGCCGAACAUGGCCAUAUUUGGGGCCCUCCACACCGGCGAGAUGUAAACAAAACCCAUUGAAGUCGGCCUGCUCGAGACGCACGCUUGCCGACAUGUCCUCAGAGCAAAAGAUUGCCAUCGUGAUGGAGGACAAAACGUACGAGGUGAACAAAAGGAAGCUAAUCGAGAAGAGCGACUACUUUCGUGCGCUGUACAGCUCGGGGAUGAGGGAGUCCACGGAGGACUCGGUGCAGCUGCGGGGACUCAGCGCCCCCGGGCUGGAGCUGGUCCUGGAGUUCAUCGACACCUCCAAAGUGGAGAUCGCCAACGAAACCCUGCAGGACCUGAUCGAGACCGCCUCCUUCCUACAGGUCACGUCCAUCCUCAAGAUCGUGACGGCGGAGAUCCGGCCGGACAACUGCGUGGAGCUCUACGGCCUCUCCGAGGUCUAUGGAACCCACGAGCUGCGCGGCGCCUGCCUCAAAUUCAUGAGCUGCUUUUACCACCCGAUGAUGAGGCGAGCCGAGUUCCGCGGCCUGCCUCCCGCCAUCAGGGAGCGGGCGAGAGAGAUGAGGAUGAUGGGCGCCGCCACCCUGGUGGCCAUGGGCGACUUUAUCAGCUUGUGCCUCGACGUGCCGGACCAGGACGAGCCCUGGUCCAUGCUGAGGUACGGCGAGGCUGAGCAGCGCUGGAAGCCCUUGGCCAACAACCUGCCGGCGGACAUGAUCAACAUCAGAGGCUACGGUUCGGCCGUGCUGGACAACUACCUCUUCGUCGUCGGUGGCUACCGAGCCAGCAGCCAGGAGAUCUCGGCCGCGCACUGCUACAACCCCUGCAGGAACGAGUGGAACCAGGUGGCGCCACUCAACCAGAAGAGGUCGAACUUCAAGCUUCUGGCCGCGCAAGGCAAGUUGUACGCCGUCGGCGGCCAGAGUCUGGGGACGGUGGAGUGCUACAGCCCGGAGAACGACUACUGGACCUGCGUGUCGUCCAUGCCCGACCCGCUGGCCGAGUUCUCGGCCUGCGAGUGCCAGGGAAUGAUCUACGUCAUGGGGGGAUACACGGCCAGAGUGCGGAACACCAACCUCCUGCGCUACUGCCCCGCGGCCGACGCAUGGACGGCGUUGCGGCCGUGCACGGUGCACGUGCGCAAGCAGCAGAUGCUGUCGGUGGAGGACACCAUCUACCUGGUGGGCGGCUACACGCACAAACUGGAGCACGCGCGGCGCUGGCCCAGCGAGACGGAGGACGUGCUGACCGUGCAGUCGUACAACGUCACCACCGGAGAGUGGCUGCAGCUCAAGGACAACGCGUCCAAGUCGGGCCUCAACCUGACGUGCGCGCUGCACAACGACGGCAUCUACAUUAUGAGCCGCGACAUCGGGCUGUCCACCGGCAUGGAGCACCGCGUCUUCCUCAAGUACAAUAUUUUCAACGCCGCCUGGGAGGGCUUCGGGCGCCUGCGGGCGUUCGGACAGAACAUGCUGCUUUGCUCGCUUUACCUCCCCAACGUGCUCUGAUGGAACGUCGGAGACGAGACUCUGCGGGGGUUGCUCGUUUCAACGCACCGCGCUUAACAAAACGGUUAACGUAAAGUCAAAUAAUAAACACGACGCAUCACAUAAAAGACGUUCACUACAAACCUUAAAAAGCAUUUCUGUGAUGGAAGUCAAGCUGACAUUUUGUGCCUUCUCAACUCGAUUCCACCCCAGAAAAAGCACACAAUGACCAUACUGCUGUUUUUUUUUUACUUUGGUGUUGCUAAAGUAGACUGUUUGUGGUUGAUUCAACAAAGGUGCUUUUCACUCCCCGGUCGGUGUGGAAUAAAUGAAUAAUUUGGGGUUGAAUGCUUUAAAUGUCUGAUUUAAGCUUGUUUGACACUUUCAUGACAAAAUGUUACAAUAAAAAUCCA